AUGAUAACACUCGCACUGUUCGUGUCACUCCUCUUAGCAGUAACAAGGCGUUAUUCAGGUAAGUAUUUCUACUUGAUUUAUAACAUUUUCAAUUUUUAAUUUCUUAAUAACUGAGAGGUUUAUUGCACGCUAAUUGGUCUUCAAGAGCUAUGAUCUAUGUAAAUUUUAUGAGAACUUUUUUAGGAGCGGCAGUGAAUGUCUCGAGUGGUUAUAAAAGCGGGCAGGAGCCCAUGGGCUCCUGACGCAGGCGCAUAUAGACACCCACGACCGGCCCACGACGCGGAGAGUGUUAUCAUCUUCCGUCUUCAGCCACCGCUUAUAACACUUACAACGACCUUGAUCACCCUCAUCCAAUAAUUGCAUUGUUCAUUAUCGUUACGUCACAAGAGUCAAAGGUCGCCCAAUUUGAUCUUUUUUAGCUUUGAAAUGCAGAGAAGAGUGGAGGGAAUUUGAAGGCUUUUGCUACAAGGUUAUGGAUAGGCUCGGUUAUCCGCGGAAAUUUGCCUGGUCAACAGCUUUGAGCGGGUGUUUUGGGUUUGGAGGAGACCUGGUAAGCAUAUCGAAUGAAAAGGAAAUGAAGUUUGUCCAUGACAUGGCUUUCAAGGACGCAAACCGCACUUCUGUUUGGAUUGGGUUGACUUAUCGACAUCAAAAGGGUGGAUAUGUAUGGAACAAUGGAGAAUCGUUUAACAGUUCUGUUUCCGUCCAGUGGCUCGGCAACAUGUCGAGAAUUGUUUAUGAAAAUAAGUGCGUCGAAAUCUUGAAAAGUGGCUGGAAACUCUCCAAAUGUUGCAAGGAAAAUAAAUAUUUUAUCUGCAAGAGACCGAAAGGUUAGUUGUUCCCGUGGGGAACUCGACAUUGAAAAUAAUUGGGAAGCUCCGAUCGUAGCAGGUACGACCAGAGCACAGAUAAAAUUUGAUCCCUGAUUAUGACGCUAAAACUCUAAAAUGACCGGCGUUGGAGCUUUCUCACGUGAAGUAAGGAAUGGCUUCACGUAGCCUUUACGCCUUUAAAUUUUAGGCAGGCUAGGCUCCACCCUGAUGUUUGGCUUUUAUCGUUUGUUUUCUUGUUCUUUUUCGCACACCAUUUAACGUUAAUUAUAACUGUGCCUGGGUAAAAGGGCUUUUUUGGUGGUUACACUACACUUUUUGUCAGAUGAGAAGCCACGCCCAUAAUUAUGCAAAAAUUUUACACUGUUGAAUUACCACACCCAAAAACGUAAAGAUUCUAAUUUUUCGUGUAUUCUAUUUAGUUUAAUACUAAAUAUAAAAAAUUGAUCGCCGGUAAAAAUUUUAUAAUAUUUUAACCCCCCCCCCCGGUGAGAAGUUGAUGUUCUCUGAUUUUCGUCCCGGUCUCUUUCAAAUGAAAACCUAAAGCCGGUUUAUAGCAGUGCUAUGAUUCUUAUCGGGUUCAAACUAUUUGCUCUGUAACUGUUUCACGAAUUAGGUCCAUUGGCUUGUUCUACUGGAUGGUUUCUUAAUGGAGUAUCUUGCUACAAAGAAAAUAAUAAAGAUACCUGGAAAGGUGCACAACAAGUGUGCACUGUUUCCGGAGGUGAUUUAGUGAAGGCUGAUGAUGAUAAUCAAAAACGAUUUUUGAUUCACUUCAUGGAGGUUAUCGGUCUGAAGAAAAUGAACAUAGAUGUAAGUACCGAGUCUAAAACCCUCUGAGCCUCAAGACUGCAUGAUUAGCAUGAAAUUUCUCCUUGUAACUGAUGCUGAUACACAUCUGUAGGAUAAGUGUUAUAAGGACAGGAACUGAAUGGGCAUUUAAUUUGAGAUACUAGGUUUUUAAUGCAUAUUGAGCACGCUUAUAUCGAGAAUUUGCCGUCAAAACGGAAAUUUCGAAAUUCUUCAUAUUCAGUCAGAAAAAUCCCUUUGAUGAAACAUUUUCGAAAAUCACAAUCAAAGUUUCCAAAGAAUUUUCUUUCUCGAGAAAACCGGCAAAAUAGAGAAAUGCUGCCUCACGCCAUAUAGUCGCCGGUCUAAAACCUUUGAAUUAAAUCAUUUUCAAAGCCCUCGGGAAGAAAGACGGUUCAAGGAGACAAGUUCAUCUUUUGCAGGUAAGUAAGGCAUCCCAGUUACAAUACUAUUUGGUAAAAAUAUUGCAAGAUAAUGAAAUUUUUACUCGGUUAAAAAACGCCCGAAGAUUCCUAUCUUCGGCACUUUCAUAAACAAUGAAAUUUUGCGAAACUUUGAAGGAAAAAAUCACGGCUUGGUACUUGGCAUUUAAGAAGAAUUGUUAUACUUCAGUAAAUUUCUACUGUUGUAGUACAAUAUAUAAAAAAUCCAGCUUGGGCAAUUAAAAAUCAACCCGCCGAGAGAGGUAAACGCGCAAUUCAUUUUCGAUGUUUUUGCAUAAAAUGCACGUUAAAACCGUCACGCAACCGCGGGUAACACAAACGCCAUGAAAUAAUAUUUAAUGUGCCCAAAUAUACAUGUUUUUUUUCAGUGAAGAUGAAUAUAAUGUAAUAUAAAGUUCAAUAAGGUAGUAUCUAAUGAAUAUUUAAGUCUUCUAUCGUUUUACUUUAAUUUUAACGUAUAAAUGCAGAUAAAUGGAAUAAGUGAAAACCGCCGCGCAGAAGGUCAAGUGCAGCCCGGCGUUGUCAAUCAAUGGUUUCCGAUCGAUUGAUUGCAAUCAAUACAAUCAAUAAUAAUCAAUAACAAUCCAUUGAUUGUUAUUGAUUGGUGCAACCAAUCGAUAAAAAUCGAUACUCACACUCGGAGUCUUAAUUGCUAUUGAUUACCAUUGAUUACUAUAGAAAAUCAUUGAUUAAUAAUUCAUUAUGCAACUUUCUGGCGCGUGUUAGCGUGGGCGUGCUUCAUUGGUCCUGGGCAUAUUUACACGUCCAGGGUAAUUGGGUAAUUCGAUUGCGCACUUUUAUCCUUGCACUUCAACCGGGAUUCCCAGAACACACUUGUUACGGAGUUUGCUUGUUCUAGAGAUGGCGAAGCAAGUUGAAUUGUCAGUGCGCUGUGUAGUCAAGGGCUAUCACGAAUGCCCUUUUGAAGUGAAUGUCGGAGAAAUAUUCUACGCAUUCAAGAAGAGAGGAGAACGUGGGAAUGCCUUCAGAGUUACGAAUGAUCGGGGGCAGCUCGGCCAUCUUCAAAUCGAGCUUGUUGGUCCUCUUUGGCCCUUACACAAAGAGAUUACUGUGUAAGUUUAAAAACGCCACAAUACAAAACAAGGGAAAACAAUAAUCGAAAUGUGUCAUGUCAAUAACUGGAACUCAUUUUAUUUUUAUUAUUUUAGAAUUGCGUAUAUUCAGGCAGCAUGACAGUGAGCGCAGACAAAAACAAUUUCCUCAACUAAUUAACAAGCUGGAAGAGAGUGACACUGAAGAGACUUAAAGACAAUUUUGUUCUUGUUUCGAGACGAUCAGAGUCUAGUAAUAUAAGUGGCUUUUAAUAGUAAUAAGGGGUAAAAAUGUUACAAAUGUAACAUAAAACACAACAAGUAAAGAUAACUGAAUGGUUUGUUCAUUCAUAUGGUGCGUUUUAUUUAAGAAAAUGACAAAUUUCAUAAUCAAUAAAAAUCAAUAAUAAUCAAUAACAAUCGAUGAAAAUCAAUAGAAAUCGAUACUCACACAACUUUAAGUCAACGAUUUUUAUCGAUUUCCAAUACCAAUCGAUUAAUUGUUAUUGAUUAUUAUUGAUUAUUAUUGAUUUUAUCGAUUAUCGGAAACCAUUGAUUGACAACGCCGGGAGUGCAGUGUCAAUACCAACAUAAAGAAUGUUAAAAAUACAUGUACAGUAUCUCAAAUCAAGAAUCUUCGAUAAAGUGCACCUGAAAGUUUGUUUCAUUCGAUAAAAACCCGUUACUGAGGGGAUGGAAGUUGUUAGAGUUCAAAUGGGGAAAAACUGCGAUUGGCGAACCAAACAACAAAGGUCAACAAAUGAUAUCGACAGCACCCAAGAUACUCCUUUUUUAAUUUAUUUUUUAACAGUGUUUAUGUUCAUUAAAGAGCUUGCAUUCAUUAAAAACUAAUAGUCCUGUUGCUUCAGUGACCCAGGGGGAAAGUUACCCUUAAUGCGCCCUUCCCAACUGGUCGACAAAAUGCUUUAAAUCUAUGAUGAAAAAUUGUUAAAUUGACACAAAAUGUUCGUACAAAAGUAAUAUAGUUAAAACAAACAACUGAAGAGCACUCGCCUCUUCACUUCAUAAAAUACGCAAUUUAACCGGCCAAGAAAGAAGUCAGAGUUUCCUCUUAUGAACUUUACAGGCAAAUUUAUCAUCAGUGAACUCAGAGGAUCCAUUACUAAUUGAGGAACGUCAUUACCUGCGUAAAACCUUGCAGAGCUUUGCAAAGAGUACAGAAUCGGCCUCUGAAUGGUUCCUUUCUGCCAUCUAUCUCUCACUUGUCGGUCUAUUUCCCAAUGAAGGGCUCACAAAAAAGGCCGUAAUUCCCACCCCGGGAAUUAUGCUGUUUCGUUUGAUAAUUUAUGUAGAAAAUAUAGAGAACCUGACUCAUUGCAUCAACAAAAAAACCGGGAUACCCACACGUUUUCAAAAAACAACCGGCGAUAUUGUUUCACGCGGCCAGAAAUACUUCGCACACGCACACAGAAAAGAAAACAAUGAAAAGUUUAAGUUUAAGUUUAAGUUUAAUAAUUCUUUUUACCAAUGUACAAAAUAAAAAUAUAUAUACAUAAAAGUACAAUAGGUAAAGGAAAGCAUUAGGGGGAAUCUGAAUUUCCAUAUAAAAACUGCCCUCCAAAACGAAAAGAUAAAACAAUUAAGAAUAGAAAACUAAUACAUAAUUAUACAUUACGUGAUACUAAAAAAAAAACUACUUAGAUAUUAAAUGAAAAGGAAAAUCCAAAUUCAGUAGUUUUAAAAGAGUUCAUAAUAAACAUAUGACUAUUUACAAAGAUAAUUAAGUAAUAAAGCUUUAAAAGAGUUCAUAAUAAACAUAUGACUAUUUACAAAGAUAAUUAAGUAAUAAAGUUUUAAAAGAGUUCAUAAUAAACAGAUGACUAUUUACAAAGAUAAUUAAGUAAUAAAGCUUUAAAAGAGUUCAAGCUGGAAGCAGACAUAACGAAGUUUGGUAAAGAGUUCCAGUCAUUAACGUAACGAUUAAAAAAUGAAAAUUUAAAAUAGUUUGUCCUUGCUGCUCUGGGCCUGAUUUUAAAGUCAUGGUUUCUUCUAGUUCUUGUCGGGCCAGCCAGAUCCACAUAUGUGGUAUAAUCAAUAUCAGAAUAGCCAUGAAUUAUCUUGUAAAGUUGAACCAGGCAAAGGUAUUUUCUUCUAAGCUCCAGUGUUGACCAGUUUAGUUCAGUGAGCCUUUCAGUGUAAGAAUUAUGAUAUCCACAUAUCAUGCAAUCGAGUAGCACGACGCUGAAUGGAUUCAAUACUGUUUAUGUGUUUAACCAAAUAUGGAUUCCACACUGGGCAGGCAUAUUCCAGAAUAGGACAAACUAAAGCGAUAAAAGCUGUUUUGAUUGGCAGAGGAUCUUUAGACCCAAACGUUCUCCUUAUUAGACCCAAUACUCGAUUUGCCUUACCAACAAUAAAAAAGAACAACGUUUUUAGGGUUUUGGUCGUUUGCAUUGGGUAUACCAUCUGAUAGACAAUGGUGUGUGUGUACGCAGUACUAGCUACAAAAUAAUUCUCCCAGAGAGCAAAGUAUUCAAUACGAUAUCGUCUCAUCGAGGGUCAAAAAAAGACAAGAAAGGAACUGAUGCCAGAGGGUACUGACUCCAGGUGUCCAUUAAAGAUAUCAAAGUUAGCUGGAUAAAUUGUCGACCAGAGAAAAAUCAGCCCGUAUUUUUACGUAGAUCAAGAACCCACGCUGAAACGAAACAUCUGGAGCGAGGGUGAAAAGGAGAUUUGCCACGCCCUAUGAGCGUGUAAAAAUCAUACAAGGGCAUAAAAAAGGACCGGCUGUUUUACAGUCUCGGAACUUCUGGUAAACGCUCAUCGCAUAUUCCAGCUUCAAAGCGAGUAAAUUUGAAAACAUCAGGUUUGCGUUUUAAUCUGAGAAAAAACAUUUAGAAAAUAAUAUAUGCACUUUGCAUGUUUAUCCUGUUUUGACCAAAUAAAUGUUGUGUUUUCCAAUACACCGGUCCAGCAUGGACCAAAAAUAUUUAACACAGCACGUUCAAACUUCUACGUUGUUAAUGUGGACAGGGCUUAAGAAAAACGUCCACUCGAGAGGGCGGAGAGCAUUGCGUGACUCCAGCCCGAGCGGCUGCGAAGGAGACUAAAACCAAGAGAGAAUGAGCUGAAACCAAGAGAGGAUAAUGACUCCGAUCAAGUCUCUAGCCAUGAUAAAGCGAUCGUUGGAGAACGCGUUCAUGUGUAAAUCACAUUUCAUGAUCAUGAUUCAUUCCGAAUGGUGUCUCUUGUUGUUCACAUGUUUGCGAUGGGACGAGCCAGCCAUCAAGAAAAGAAGGACAAAAAAUUGGUACACAAGGAAGCAUGGGAAAACAUUUACGCAAGUCUCACCUAUUUGUGGGAUUUGUAUAACGGGAAUGUUAGAAAGGAAAUUCUCAUAUUUUUAAUCCUAUUCGAAAGAAAAGUGUUGAAUAGACAUAAUUUCGUCCUCCCCGAUAUAAAAUAAUAUUGCUCACAUUGCCGAAUCUCCGUAAAUCUGCAAUGAACAGAUUUCCAGGUUAAGCCCUGGAUCAACUCAAUUUGUUUUUGUUGUAGUGGUAUCGUCAAUGUGCAGUUUAGUUUCGCUGUCUUACCAGCCAUUUUUGUUUCGUGCAUUUAUUAGAUUUUAGUUUUUUCCUCCUCUGCUUUUCUUGGCAACCUUCAUUUGGAAACGUCGAGGGACAUUUUCACCGUUUAUUUUUACCGUUAUUUAGCCAUUAUUCGAUUGCAAAUUUUAAGCAUUGCCGGGUAAUUUCCCCCUUUUUCUCCGGCUUUCCACACUUUUGAACUCCCAUCACACGCCCCUUCCUCUCCCAUCUCCCAAACCCGUCCCAGUGGUCCCACCCCUUAUUCUCCAGAGCUCCCGCCCCCUGUCCACCUCCACUAAAUUCUUCGUUCAUUUUCGCCCCCCCACCCUUGUACCGUAAAUCCCUUGUUAUUCCGUUCUUGCUUAGAAAUUUUAUUUCAAAGUCCUCUUAACGUUCCUCUACGUUCGUUAAAUAUCAUUAGAGAGUUUUAGAUCCGAGUUUACCGCGAACCUCUAACCGCGGUUUGCGGUUACCCGUUUGCGGUUCGACGUUCAAACAUAAUUCGAUUUAGAUUGGCGGUGGAUUAAAGAAGUGGAUUCUGGUUUAUUUUUCCAUUUAGAAAUAGGAGAAAAAUCAAUCAGUAAAAAUAAAAGAAAUUUAACACGGUAACACUGGGUUAUCUAGCAGAAAAGAGCUGUAAAAUUCUUACAUGGCCUCCAUUUACAGAACUAACCUUAUUCGUCUUGAGAUUUUACAGAAACGGGUGAUCAGAACUAUAGCUAAAACCACUUUCGAUGCACAUACUGAUCCAAUCUUUCAAAAUCUUGGUAUCUUAAAAUUUCAUGAUAUCAACUAGGCUUAUUCAUGUACUCCUAUCAAAACAAUACUCUACCUUUAAAAUUUCAUUGUAAAUUUACUUUACAAAGUCAAAUUCACUCGUAUAAUACAAGAAACUCGUGUAAAUUUCGUCUGCCGUUCUGUCGUACUCGAACCAAACAAUUUUCCGUUUUUCAUCAAGGACCUAAAUUUUACAACACCUUAAACACCAACAUCAUCAACGCUUCCUCACCUUUUUCCUUUAAAAGAUCUAGAGCACUUAAGGCAUUUAUUUGUAAUAAUUAUUAGUAUACCCCAACAGAAAUCUUACGAAAAAGCCUUUUAAUAUUCAACAUUAUUUGUAAACUUCCGUAAUAUUGAUUAGUUUAAUUUUCCACCUGAUAUUAUUUUGUAUCCGUCGCCGUAAUUUUUAUGCCAAAAAUUGUAAUUGAGGAGGCCUAAUUAACAUAAGCUCUAUAGUUUCCUUUAGGCCUCCUCGCCAUUUCUUCCUACAUUUUUUUGGGCAUUUCUUUGUAAUUAUUUUGAUCGUGCGGCGAAUAAAUAAAUAGAAAUACAAAAUACAUUAGUUAGCCUUGCAAUUUUACGGCCGCCAUUUUGAAUCAGCAGCCAUGAAUGGCACUUGUUUUCAAGAUCCAAUAGGAUUCAUCAAAUUUAGCAUUUCGCCCGAAGUUGUGCCUCCACAAGAUUUUUGUAUCAUUACGUGGGAUAAAACAAGAAUUAUACGCUAAAAGCUUUCAGGUAAAUGACAUACGUGAAAACCUAUCUCUCCACGUUGAAAACGCGCGUCGUGAACCUCAGACGUGACGCGAAAAACUUGUCACGUGACCUCCAGCGGUUAGAGGUUGGCGGUAAACUCGGAUCCAAAACUCUCUAUUAUUAAGCGACUACAUAACUGACCCUUGUCCAGGCAAAAAUGCCCUUGACCGGAAAAUCUUUAUCGCGCCUAACCAGUUAGUUAUUUCCACCUCUGUUUGCCUCUGUUUCAACAAAGAUUUGAAUCGAGAACAGAGAAAGCCGGUUGUUCCAUUGUUAAUGUUAAGUAACAGAGGCUUGCCUAAUUAUAACUUGUGGGAAGUUACAGAUUUUGAAUGAAUCUGGAACCAGUUUCAAGUUUAACUCCAUAUAUUAAAAUAUAAUACAACAACUGUUGCUAGAGGUACUAAGGUCGAUGGGCUGCGAUAAAAGGCUACAAGAGACUAUGAGUCUCUUGCCUUAAGGCUAUGAAUAUAGAGUGUUUUCACUAACGUGGCCAGCAUCUAUGCAAAUUUAUUGGAACAAAAGAAAGCGUUUGCAUAAGAAAAGAGUUCAACCCCCAGAAGACUGGUUUAGGACACCAACAUGGCCGCCGUUUCAUUGUUUUGGGACACCAAUAUGGCCGCCGUGAUGUCAUGUGAAAACACUCUAUACGUGUACAGUUGUCGCGAAUGAGAGCAGCUGAAAAUUAUGGAAGAAAUUGCUCAGCCUCUACUGUCCCUCCGCCUCUCCAAAUAAAAUGCUCCUUUCCUAAUAAAGUAGCUAUAGCUUAAGAUCGGUCUAUAUUUUUUAUAUGGAUUACCUUUCUUUUUCAAUCAGUUAAGAACAAAAUCAAGAGACAUACCUCACAGGUGCUAAGAUUGACACGCAUUUGACAGAGCAUAUUAUUUACUUAUUCAAUUCAAUGUUUGUCUGAACCUUAGUCCGUUUUAUUUCCUGCAAUUUCUAUACAUAAAAUACACACCACGACUCAAAAAAUUUAUAUCAAGUAAACUGAAUUUCGAAAUAUAUAUAUUUUGAUACAAGACUCCUUACUUUCCUCAGCAUUGUUGACAUCUAUGGAAACGGCCGCUUGACCUUUCAGAGCUGGUUCAUUGCGAUCGCCCACAUCUAACUUUCUAACUAGUCAAUUCAUACCAGAGUAAUAAAAGAUUCAAUCAAUCUUUCGAUUUUACAAGUAAAAACUAUUUUUUCCUGGCCACCACAAAAAAAAUGUGAGUCAAGACAAUUUUUUGGAGUUUGUGUUACCCGCGGUUGCGUGACGGUUUUAACCUGCAUUUUAUGCAAAAACAUCGAAAAUGAAUUGCGCAUUUACCUCUCUCAGCGGGUUGCUUUUAUAUUGCCCAAGCUGGAUUUUUUAUAUGUUGUACUAAAACAGUAGGGCCUUACUGAAGUAUAACAAUUCUUCUUAAAUUCCAUGUACCAAGCCGUGAUUUUUUCCUUCAAAGUUUCGCAAAAUUUCAUUGUUUAUGAAAGUGUCGAAGAUAGGAAUCUUCGGGCGUUUUUUAACCGAGUAGAAAGUUCAUUAUCUUGCAAUAUUUUUACCAAAUAGUAUUGUAACUGGGAUGCCUUACUUACCUGCCAGAGAUGAAAUUCUCAGGUAAAUUAAGGCAUGGGCCUCAAUUUGCCUUAAUUUGCUCUCUUCAAAAGUGAGGGGGUGGUCUAUAUCUAAGAGCUUUAGAUGAAGAGACAUAAAACCUUGCCAGCUACCCACACUUUUAGUUUGUGUCAAUUUCAUGCUUUAAAAUUAUGCAAAGUAAGUCACGUGACCUCCAUCGGCUGAAAAAGCUUGUUCUUGAAACGGCAACACUUUUUCUUUUGUCCUCAAUUAUUUUACCGGUUGCAUAAUGUUAAGGCCUUUUAAUAUAUCACUUCUGUGCUUGGGCUUUUUUAGAUAUUUAAAAUCGAAGGCGUUAAGAUGGGAUUCAAUUGCUUUGGGGGACUGGGUCUAGUUGAAAAAGCCGUUUUUUUUCUAAAGCAGUAAAAAAGUCAAAAAAGGCCAAGCACAAUGUUGUAGAUGCUGGCAUUACACAUUGUCCUAAACCAGUCCGGUUUUAAUAACUCACAACAAAAAGUGUUGCCAUUUUUGUUUGAAGACUUUUUAUUGUUUUUUGGCCGUGUGGAGUCACGUGACAACAUUUGCAUAAUUGAAAAUCACCUAAUUGACAGAAACCACACAUGUAUGUAUCUGGCAAAGUCUCAUCUUUCUACUGCUUAAGUGCUCAGAGAUAGACCACCCCCAUCACUUUUUGACUGAAUCAUUGGGGACCCAUGCCUUAAUUUACCUGAGUUGUUUCCGUGAACCGUCUUUUUUCCCGAGGGCUUUGAAAAAGGUAUAAUUCAAAGGUUUUAGACCGGCGACUAUAUGGCGUGGGGCAGCAUUUCACUUUUUGCCGGUUUUCUCGAAAAAGAAAAUUCUUUGGAAACUUUGAUAGUGAUUUUCAAAGAAGUUUCCCCAAAGGGUUUUUUCUGACUGAUUAUGAAGAAUUUCGAAAUUUCCCUUUUGACGGCAAAUUCUCGAUAUUUACAGACAGCCGCUCUUAAGGCCCGUGCAAUUUAUUAUAAUUAUAAGAAAUUUCAAAGAAGAACGCGGCAAAAUCACAUUUUCUGUGUAGUUCGUGACAAUUCAAUUCAAUUCAAUUCUUUAUUUCACACUAUAUAAGAUAUUUACAUAAGUGUACGUAGGUAGCUAGGAAAAUAAAGUAGCUGACAAUAAUAAUUAACUAAAGGACAUUAAGUUAAUUUGUGUACAGUGUCCAAAGUAGCAAGAGCUUUCUUGUUGGACACCGUCAUGUUGAAAUAAUCGGCAGCAGUAAAAACAGGAAGUAAAAUCUCAGAUGAUAUCAGUGAUAGAACAUAUAAGCAAGGUCAGAUUUGGUUGAUUAGAAGAUAGGACUUCCAUUCUUUCUUAAACUUAUGAUAUGGCAGACACUUGAGACCAGGCGGUACAGUCUCCCCAGAUUUUGGGAGCGGAGAAUUUAAAGAACGUCUUACCUAAGUUGGUGGAUACUCUUGGCCGAAAAUAAUUCAGAUUACUGACAAAUCUUGUAUUAUGAUUGUGUAUACGCGAUGCUGGAGUCAGGACAUCAAUUAAAAUAUCUGGAAUGCUAUCGGUCUCAUUUCUCAUUCUAUGUAUAAAGCAACAUAUUUUUAAUUGAUAUAUAUUCUCUAAUUCAAGGAUUGUUAGGAGUUUGAAAUAAGGAGCAGCACUCUCUCUAGGAUGUGCAAAGAAGUUGGUGCGGAGACAUUUGUUAUGCUUAAUACGAAGACAAUCUAAUCUGGUUUUGCUGUCACAUCCCCAAGGAAGAAUACAGUAACUCAAAUAGGGAUAUACUAAAGCAUAAUAUAUUUGUUUCAGUAUAUUCAGAUCUAUGUAAUAUCUAAGUUUUGAAAGGAUUCCUAAAUUUUUAGCUAAUUUAUUAUUUACAUGUUGUAUCUAUGGUUGCCAAUUGAGAUGUUUAUCUAUAUAAACUCCCAAGUACUUUAUGUAAUCUUUAACACAGAACCAAUUGAAUCAGUAGACAGUUAUAACCUCAUUUUCAUUAGUUUCUGAUCUAAAACUCUAACCCUGCAAAGUAUCUUGACAUUAUGCAGCUAAAUAAUAUUCAAAAGACCACGUUUCACGUUUCUUUGGGAAGCUGAGCGCACAAACUGAAUUAUUACCAGAUGUACGUUUAUCGUUCCUCGUGCAUUCCGAGCAUCCCAAUUCAGGCAAAAUAACUGGUGAACUUGAUAUAAAGCCAAUUGUUCUGCCCCUCAUCAGCUGAGAAGUCUUGAUUUAAAAUGCUAUCUUGAUUGAAUAAUGAUGUCCUUCUUGACAAAAACUGUGAACUUUAUUUGAUUGUGCUGAGUGAUCAUAAUUAAGUGACUGCAUACUGUCAUACUAAUGGCAGUGACCUUAGUUACAUCAGGCGGACAACUCCCGCAACAGCAUCAGUUUUAAUCAAUGAGUCUUAGAAAAGUCUUGGCCGAGAAAUCAUCAUUUAUAAGGUAAAGAAAGGAAAGAACUUAAAUAUAAAGGCUAAGACUCGGGUGCGAAUAACUAGCGAAUAACUAAGACAAUGACUACUAUACUUUGCUAAAAGAAACGAGAGCAUAAAAGAUUGACCAAUAAUACAAAAUUUGUGGCAGAUACUAUUUUCCAAAAUGACUAACAACACUUCAAGCUUAAAUCACGAAACGGAAAAAUGAUUGGUCAUAUGGCGUGACGAAAGAGAAUUUGACGAAAUGUUGCAGAUUUCCUUUUAAUAUCACACUUUAAACAAUAGAAACAUUCAAUUUUCAUAUGAAACUAUUUCCCGGAAAAUGUCAAAAACUAAUUGUUAAUUACAAUUUGGUCAAGUUGAGUUAAAAAAAUAGGAUUUCUUAAUAGUAACAUUCAUAAGGAAAUCUAACGACUCGAUUUGCGUAAACCUACCAAAUUAAAAAAUUAGCCAGUUUUUCGAUACAUCCUUGUUGCCAUGGCAACGUUCGAAAUCUUAUGUCUAAACUGCCUAUACCAAAUAUGAACCUUAUACCUUCAACGAGUUUUGAAUGACACUCCAAUGAUCAAACUGUUUUCAACCACCUUAAUUGUGGCUUUUUAAGUAAAUUGUUCCAUUUUAUGUUUUUUUUCUCUAUCCCUUUUAUACCUUUAUAUUAAAAGCAAGUAUGGAUUGGCCGAAAAGGUGAUUCAAAAUGUUGGCAAAUGAAGACAGACAGUGGAACGAUAGAAGAGGGGCAGGACUGUGACGACCAAAAGAACUAUAUUUGUGAAAUGCCAGCGUCAGUAACAAGUACGUUUUAUACCGUCCACAUCUAGAAGUAAGGUCUUUUUAGCAUGUUAUUGCACAAGUAGCCCAAGCUCAAAAUGAGAUCCUUGAAAAACACUAUUCUUCUUAGCUAAUUAGUUAUUCAUACAGCAACAACCACAUAAGACGUUUUAUGAAAAUUAAGAGAUUAAGAUUCACGUUUACACCAAACGGCAGACGUGAAUUUGUACCACGCGACCAAGUUUCUCCCUUAUUUUCCGUUUACUCUUUAUUGCUUCUAUACAAAAAAAAGUAGUCUUAUGCCAGUUGUAACCAUAGGAAUCGUUCGGGACUGUUUUUAUCUUCUUAUGCACCUAUCAAUGUAAAGCCGGCGGGGGGGGGAGGGGGGGUAGGCAGGGCAUGGGGUUGGGAUUUGAUUGUCUUUGUUGGCCCUGGGGUAGGGCAUUUGACGGAUCUUGUUCUCCUAGGGGAGGGGAUAUUUGAAUCUUUCUUCACCCGACGUGGAGAUAUUUGACUGCCGACUGGGACGAAAAAGUCUUAGACCGAACAUAUCUUUCCCGCUUCCACGCUUCACGCAUGCGCCGUACGGUUUGAAAAGAUUACAAAGUCAUGGAAGCCAAUGAGAACAAGCGAAGGCCGAGUGGAUUUCAUUGUUUUGUCUUCAAGUUUUGUUUGUUUUAGCGUUUUUUUUUAUCAAUUGAACCUCUUAAAAUACUGUGGUAUCAAAGUAAACGGAAGUAACAAGAAACCAAGUCGAUUUUUGCAAGUACAAUUGAUUAGUGUAUGGCUCACUCGCUACAAUCACUGUAAACUUAUAACUGACUGACUUUCUUUGUACCCUUUACUAAGAACGGUAUUUUAAACUUACAAAAUGUGGACUUUCUCCUGAAGUUUUAUGUAUUGUAUACAGUGUAACACGGAUUAUUGUUAAAACGUAUAAUUGUAGCUGUAACAGGAACAUCUAUCUUUGGUGAUGCAGCAGCGUUUAUAAAAGAUUGCAUAGUUUUAUUUGGAGAUAUUUUUAUUGUGCCUUUCUUGGGUUCUGCCUUGGGAUUGACAGCAAUGUGCAGCCUGGGGUGGGGAAAUUUGGUUGCAUUUGACUGGAAUGAUUUGCCCGUGGGCAGGGAAUUUGAUUGCAAAUUUUUUAAAAAAAUUCAAAUCCCCACCCCAGGCCCUGGGGUGGGAAUCAAGAAUUGUGAAAAUUUUAUUACAAAGUGCGAUAGGUAUUACAAAGUGUGACAGAACACCGUUUGCGGUAAACGUGAAUCUUAAUCUCUCUAUUACUUUUUCUCUAAAAUUAGGCGAAAUGUGUAAUAUGUUUUUCCUCUCAAACUUUCGUUUAGUAUUUUCGGGUUAAAUUCUAUCAAAUUUCAGUGAAUGGCUUCGAGUGUAAUAAAAGCUCCGCUUUUAAGAGGCUGUCCGCGUAAGAACCGAUAAGGCAAAUUUCGGUGUAUCACAGAUUGCCCUAGCCUGAAUUUCAUCCGAUUACUUCAAAUCGUUAUUACUCCCUCAGUAACGUCUGAAUCGACCGGCCGUUAAUGCCGUCCAGUGACGUCACUACUCCUUGACAUUUGCUUUAAUUCAUGUAAAAAGUAAAACACGAUUUUCAAGUGGCAAAGCGAGAAAUAUCGUUUGGAAAUGUCUGCAUGAUACAGAAUUGCUUUAUUUUUUCGAUCGUAAUUCAUGUUUAACGUUCAAACUAUCAACUGCAUGCAGUACAACACUGAACCGGUUGUACUGAAUUCUAUAAUUAAACUCGGUCGCAAUCACGCAAUGAAAUAAACACACACACGAAACACUUAGUUCAAAAACACAAUGAUUUGCUUCAAUUGAAAAGAAGCUAUUUGGUCCUUAACGAAGAAAAAAACAAGAAAACAAGAAAGAAAAGCUAACAGAAUCAUUACAUCUGAAGGUGAAAAUAGCAAGAAGGUCGAAUUAUAACAUUGCUCUCAGAAAACUUAGCGUAAACAAAAUUACCGGCCGCCGAAACCACAAAGCGGCUCUAAAUGAAAAACCUACCGACUCUCCGCAAGGAUUCUUCAUUCGCAGUUCAAUUUAGCAUUUCAGUUUCGAAGACAAGGGCAAUUUUGCUGUUUAAGAUAAAGAUUAAGCUUAUCGAAAUGUUUGACCUACACGAAAGAAUGCCAUGCCAGGGAUGCGAUCCGCUGAAAAUCAAGCGACAAUCCCGCUAAAAUUUUUCAUAAUUAUACAUAAUUAUGCGAAUGUUUAGACAAUCAACCAAUCAAAAUCACUACCCGGUUUUCGGGUAGUGAGUGACGUCACUGGACGGCAUUAACGGCCGGUCGAUUCAGACGUUGUUGAGAGGAGAAAACGACUCGAAGCAAUCGGAUGAAUUUCAGGCUAAGAUUGCCCUGAUUUUUUCAGUGGAAGAUAACUAUCCUAUCCCAUGAAGAAAUAUCACAUUUAUUUGGACCAACUCAAUUUUUUCUCUAUUUUACAGCAAGAUUUUCUCGGUCACCUAAAACUGGCCCGUUUGCCGUCAGAAGUGGUGCGAUUUUGCUGAAACUUUAGGGCUCUGUCAAACCUACCCUACAUAGCCGAAUAAGCUGAUUAUUUUACACACAAAAGUUUUAACUCUGGUUAAUAGUUUCAAGGUUUAAUAGUUGCAUUCUGUGGAAAUUUAGCUGAGAUAUGAUUUUUUUUAAAUGACCUUUAAUUUGCUCAGCCGGAAAAGUAAUUUGCAUAACUAGAGCUGAACGGUAAUUUCGCAAAAGUGGCACCUGACCCAGACUCAAGUCUACGAUAAAUCAGAAGUACUAAGACCAGUCUACUUCUUAAUGUAAUAAAAUUUGUGGGCACUCUUCUCUGCGCGCUGUACAAAGUUCCGUUAAUGUUCCAAAAUUCGCCAUUUUGACAGCAAAGCUGGAAUUGUAACGGUCCGCAUUUGAUCGACUAAUUUCCGAAGUUUUAACAUUUCUAGUCAUCACCAAAUAUCAUUAGACCCUUUAGAUGUUGGAAUUUUGAAAACAUGAGGAGAAAACUUGGUAAUCGCUUUUUCUUGGUUUUUUUCCUUGUCCACGAUCAGAACGCGACUUCAUUCUCCGUAUGCAAAUUAGCCUUAGAUGCGUCGUUUCAACAAAUUGACAGGAAACAUAACUGCUUAUAUGUCACAUGUUUAAGGGAAAAACAUCUCUUCUUUCCACGGAAAAACACGAAUAUAUGACUUAAAAUCCCCUUAGGUCUGUUUCUUUUACGAGGAAGAAGCAGUAGAAGAGGAUAUGUUUAGCGAAUUAAAAUAAUUUAAUUAUUAUCGCCCGUCACGCAUUCCCCGAGAGUGGCCAUGUAUCGAUCAGUUCUUUUAUCUGAUUAUAUUUCUUUUGAAGUGAUAGUUAUUGAUAAUCAUACAAUUUAAUCACUGUUAAUUCCGAUUCUUUACUGGGUGGGAAAUACCGUGCUGUUGUAUUUAUUCAUUCUACGACCGUUUUAACUGAGUCAGUAUCCCCGCGAGCCACCGUGAGGAUAGGGUUUAAUAUGACAGCCAUUGGUGUAAUACACGACAAUUAGCUACAAAGUAGUCACUUGGACACUGCCACUCUUAUUCACGAGCACUAGUACAAUAUUUUCAAUUUCAGAAUUAACAAUUAAUAUUUUGGAAAUAGCUCGCAAACAACUUCAGAAAUACCGUGCGACACCACAGGACCACACCUGCCAAGUCCUUUAAGCAGCAUACACAUUUCCUAGAUCCCUAGCUAACUAUAGGCCACCCUACAAACUUUAUGGUGGUAAUAACAGAGCAUUGUGUUUAUCGCAAAUUAACAACAUUUGAGUAAAAAUGAGAAAUGGCAUGCAGAAACAGGCAUACCGUAUUUAUUCGAUUAACCGCCCUGGGCGCUUAUUAAAUUUUUGGACCUUGAGAGUGGGCGCUUAUUGGAGGUGGGCGCUUAUUCGAGGCUGGGCGCUUAUUAAAUUUCACCAUUCUCAGCAAGUGUAGUCGUAUAUUUUGCAACAAAACAGUAAAUGCUAAUAACAAAAAGGGAAGAUGUAACAAAGCAAGGUUUCUGUACAAUACUACCCUGAAGAAAACUCCUUCUUCGGGAGGGUCUCUUAUUAUAUCUUAUUGGAGUUUUUGUGGGAGGGAGUGGGGUGGGGUGGGCGCUUAUUCGAGGCUGGGCGCUUGUUAACUUUUUCUGCCUCUAGGAUGGGCGCUUAUUCGAGGUGGGCGCUAAUUCGAGGUUGGGCGCUUAUUCGAAUAAAUACGGUAGUUAUUGUUAACGGUCCGUCUCCUGUUAAAUCCCAAACGUUUUUGCCGGCUGUUAAUCACACUAAAUUAAGGAUCCCUAUGUUCACUCCUGAGCUGAUGGAGAAAAGCACGUGCAAUCUUGUAUGAGAGACGAAAGUUUGUCAAUUAGGUCUCCUUUUCUUUCACUGGAUUUGAAUGGCAUUUUAAAGUGACGCAAGAUUUUUUUAGCAUUACCACGUUGAACUGACUAGGUUGUUCAUCCUUUGACAUACACAUAGGUUGAAAGCUUCUGGUUGAGGGUGUUGUGGUCUCAAUAUUCUUCAGCGAUUUCUGCAACAAGCUCUUGCCUUUCGAACUCCUCGUCUUCUUGCAACAGAUCUCUAUGGUCAAGUUCAACUUGUAUACACUUAGGACUAUGUUUACGUGUUGACUCAAACGGGCCUAGAGUCCAACAUGGGCUGGCAAUAGGUGAGCACGUAAUUGGUACGGGGGUGGGGGGAACUCGCUAUGAUGGCCUAUACGGGGAGGUUCGGCCCCGAAAGGAGUAUCUUUUUUAGGCUUCAGGUAUAUGAAAGGGUGGGCAUUUCACUAGAUGAAGUAUAUAAAAGGGCGAGUGCGCUUGUUGCAGCCUUAGCAGCAUCUUUGGCGAUUCUUAAAGAAAAAAGAACUAAGUUUAAGAAUUUAAGGAAAAAGUAGAAGGACUUAAUUUUUCAGAAAUUAAUAUAUACGGGAGAAAUUUCACCCCCUUAAGUACAAAUGCUUGUAAAAGUAGAGGUGGAACAGUGGGGAGAGAGGGUGGAUGGUAAAGUAGGUUAAAAAUGGCGAGAUGAGAUGGAGCACAUUGUUCAAGAGGGUAUAAAUACAAAAAAAACAGCAAUCUGGAGGCAUUUUUGAAGACUGAAAACGUUAUCAAAACAAGAAAAACAGAGAAAUCUUGUCCAAUAAACCUCUCCGGCAAAUGUGUGGACAUGGUUGCUGCCUGUUCAAUCGUACUCUUCUCGACCCUUCGGCGUCAAGUUUUUUCAAGUUUCUUGCGACAGGAGGAGCAAAUCGGCUAUAUAAAGUUGAACUGAACACUAAGGUACUUUGAAGUCUCACUAAUUUUUACAAAAUCAGAGACAUGUUGUAAACACUGUUUUUUAAAAGUUCAAAAAAAUUAUUUUUAUUGCAAGAAUGAAAUACUUUUCAUACACGUGAACGACACCUCGACCACAAUCACUCUUAGCCUCGUCCCCAGGACAUUCUCUUAGAAAAUGGCAGGGGCGGGAAAGCCCGAGGUUGAAUCCUGACUCCGUGAAGAAAGUUCUUUUUUUCCCAUUUAUAAUGCUCUUCAAACAAUCAUCAGAAAACUAUCUUUUACAACACACGGAUUCACCGGUAUGUAUAGUAUUUUAAAGGUGAGAAUUGAUUAGGGCAAGAUACACGGCUGUCAAAAAAUAGAAAUAACAAAAACUAUCUUUGCAAGCUCAAAUAAACUGGAAACGAACUUCAGAAAACAUCGCAAGAUAAAAUGUUAAAUAGAGAAAUUAGAAUAUCUCUAUACGUUAAGAAACUUUUUGGCACGAAGAAGAAAAAGGAAUGAUACUUACGUGAUGGAACAAAACUUUGACUUAUUUCGCUGGCUAUCUGGAAAUUUACGAGAUGUCUUCCUGCCACAGAAGUUAUUUUGCCAGUAUGAUCCAGAGUGUGACCGGGGUAUUGACAAGACCUUAGGCUCGAUUUCCGCCGUCUCCCCUUCCGUUGGGGGCUCAGUUUCCAGAACAGCGGCUUACAAUCGAGCCUAACAAGAUCUUGGUGAUCGCAAAAACCUGCCAAGUAGGUGUCUGUGCCCUGGGCAGAUUGUCAUUUCAGUUACGAAUACCCACCAAGCCUCGAAUACGUACUCUCGCUAAAAUGAGUUCAUUUUCAUUGUCUUUGGUACACUUGCUAAACUUAGACAAGUGACAGCUGGCUAAGUGCGACGUAAUAUCAUCCAUGCACUCUGUGACCAACACAUUUUCCUCCUGCACCCCUACUGGGACCUCACUCUGUCAACGAUCUCGUGGAAGAACUGCUUGAUGAAAUAGCCGAAAAAGCCAUUUUUCACAAUUGAUCUCUUCGGCGAUUUCAUUGACAUAACUAUAUUUGAAACUGUAACAUUAUAGUUCAAUCAGAUUGAAACCAAAACAAGAUCAUCGUUAGAAUUCGGAUGUUAUACCCUAACAAAAACUAGAAAGAUACUCCCUUUUGCGUUUAUUCAGACUGAAAAAAGGAACUAUUUUUCCCGUUUCAUUCUGCUGCCGAUAAACGCUUUAAAGAUCUUUGAAUGAAACUGAAAUUUACUGCUAAUUUAAGACAGAAAAAGUGUGGGGCAUUUUUUUAUCAUAGUACCAUGUACAAAGAUCUGCCUUCUCCUGAUAAGCAAAUAUCAUUAUAAAGCUUUCGAGGUUAACGCUAUUUUUUAUUUUUACGGCACGCAAAAAAGAGUGCCCAGAAAUUUUCGAGUGAACUCUUAUUUCUUAUCAUUAUCAAAAACUAUCAUUUUAAAAAAAGAUGAUAAUGUUAUAGAAUUGAUCGACACAACGCUAUUGGUUUCUAAUCGACCACCCCUCUUAAGGAAUGCGUGACAGGCCACAGUAAUUGAAUUAUUUUAAGCCGCGCAAACAUAUAUAUCACGAUAUAUUAUUCAGCUGCUUCUUCCUCGUUAACAAAAAAAAACAGACCUUAAGGGGAGUCUAAGUAAUGGUUUGUGUUUUUCUGUGGAAAGGAGAGUUAUUUUUCCCCUUAGAAAUGUGAAAUGUAAGGAUUAUAUUUCCUGACCAUUUGUUGAAAAGCAUCUAAAGCUAAUUUGCAUACGGAGAAUGAAGUAACGUUCAUCGUCGACAAGAAAAAGACCCAAGGAAAAGCGACUACUAAGUUUUCUCCACAUGUUUUCAAACGUCCAACAUUUAAAGGGUCUAAUGACAUUUAGUGAUAACUAGAAACGUUAAAGCUGUGGAAAUUAGUCGAUCAAAUGCGGACCCGUUACAAUUCCAGCUUUGCUGUCAAAGUGGCGAAUUUUGGAACAUUAACGGAACUUUGUACGGCACGCAGAGAAGAGUGCCCACAAAUUUUAUUGCGUUAAGAAGAAGACUGGUCUUAGUACUUCUGAUUUAUCAUAGACUUGAGUCUGGGUCAGGUGCCACUUUUGCGAAAUUACCGUUCAGCUCUAGUUAUGCAAAGUACUUUUCCUGCUGAGCAAAUUAAAGGUCAUUUUAAAAAAAUCAUAUCUCAGCUAAAUUUCCACAGAAUGCAACUAUUAAACCUUGAGACUAUUAACCAUAGUUAAAACUUUUGUGUGUAAAAUAAUCAGUUUAUUCGGCUGUGUAAGGUAGGUUUGACAGAGCCCUAAAGUUUCAGCAAAAUCGCACCACUUCUGACGGCAAACGGGCCAGUUUUAGGUGACCGAGAAAAUCUUGCUGUAAAAUAGAGAAAAAUUUGAGUUGGUCCAAAUAAAUGUGAUAUUUCUUCAUGUGAUUGGAUAGUUAUCUUCCACUGAAAAAAUCAGGGCAAUCCGUGAUAGACCGAAAUUUGCCUUAUCGGUUCUUACGCGGACAGCCUCUUAAGCUUUUCUACAAGCUGUAUUUUCACGCUUUUGCCCCAGGUUUUGAGGUAAGUGACCUUGUCAGCGAGAUACUCGAUGGUUUAAAAAUUCCGAAUUCUGCAUUAUAUUUAUCUUUAGGUACUGUUUGUUAUGAGUACCCCAGCAGGAACUCAUCUGUUCCCAUGACAGUCAACUGUGCAUUUCCAGAAAACCUUUGUUUCAAAUACGACAAUACAACGGCAAGCGGCAAACAAGUCACCAUUCAAGGCUGUAUAUCCGCUGAUGAAUGCCAACAAUUAAAAGAUCAACAUCUACACUGUUGUGAAGGAUAUCUGUGUAAUAGUAGUAAGUAUAAUGGACACAACAAAGCUAAAAAAUUGCCAGUUAAGGCCCGCAGUGCAGUGUUCAGAGGCACCCAACGUCAAUUCGGAAAAUAUCUGUUCGGAAGACGAUUUAAGAUCUAGAAUUUUCGGAACAUUUGUUGUAAAAUUUCUUAGUUGAAAAUGGUAUAAUUGCCCGUUUUUAACGGAUUUUUACCCUAAAAAUAUCACCUAGAAUUUUCGGGAGCCUUAUUUCUGGCUGAAAUUUUCCAAAAAGUAAGUUUUUGGGAUCACUAGACUUUCAGCUAGGAAAUCCGAACAGAUGAAAACUUUUUAGGGAUAAAAAUAUGCCUAUAUCUACCGUUCAAUUACUAAAAUACGUUUAACAAUAAUGCUAUGUUUAAGUGGUUUUGAACUAUAUCCUCGUUUGGUGCCCCUGAAUGUUCCUCCGAAACAGGGUGAAGUUAGUUUAGUUUAGUUUAGAUCUGAUGUGAAGGAGGAAAAGCCUCGCUUAGCUGCGAGGUGAAUUUAAAGAUAGUUAAAGUAAGUUUUCGUAAGUUAAUGUACCCUUUUUUAUUCAGCGCAUAGUCCCAUGUUUCCUAUGCCAUUUAUAAUGCAAUAUCUUUCCUUGCAGUUAAGAAUAGCACGACAUCUGAACCCGAAAAUCCGACCCGCGCCAUUUCUAAAGUUAUUUCCAUCUCACUUGGUUUCACCUCCGCUUUUUUGCUGCUGUCCGCCGCUAUUUUCGUCUGGUGCUACAGAGGAAAGAAGCUAAAGACUAUUGAAAGGUGUGUGUAGCUUUUAAUUUGUCAACCACAUUGUUCAGCAAAAUAUUACUUUCGUAGCAUUUAAUUUUAUCGCGACGUUAUUGGUUAGAUUACAUCACGUGAACACUUACACAGCGUCGUGAACCCAUUGACAGUUACAAAGAAGUCACUCAGGUUAAAAAAAAAUAUAGUAUUUUGUUUUAGCUGAGGGGCUGAAAACCUAAAAAAGUCAGUAAAAAAGAAGAGAUGCUGAAGAAGAAUAUCUUGAAAAUUAAAUUGAAAAUUGACUUGAUUAGUAAAAAAAUAUUAUUGAGUUCGACGUCGAGAGAACGCAACCUAGACCCAACGCCCAAGAUCCUGAGCACGAACAUUCGAUAGAAAGAAACCCAAUUUUUGGUAGUCUGAGUGAAUAACCGAAAACGGGGAGGUUGCAAGUUAAACUCCUUGGUUGCUUUUUAAAAAUUCCACAGCUUUCUUCAGAGGUUCCUCUCUCUGCCAGCUGUUUAUUUUUACAGACAACCGCUUUUGAGCCUAUCUUAGACUAAGGGUCAUCUGUCAUAUCAACACGAUAUCAAACUAUUCCCAAAGAGGUUGCAAAGCCCUGGGCAUAUGUUUCUUACAUUCUUUUGUGUUUCGAGAAGCGGCGUUUGAUCUCUAAUCGGGUAUGGUGUGACGUUUUCUCACUUAAAAAUGGGGUGGUGGAGCCUGUGUUCAGCAGUACCCAAAAGGGCAAGGGAUGGUUAAGUCGGACGAAGCUUUAUUCAACAAUAAAAUUACCCGUGUGUUAAAUAGAAUGAAAAAUUUUCUCUUAGACCCCGUUUACACGGGUCCGAAAAAAAUGUUUCAAGGAACGAUUCAAUCUUUUCCUGUGUGCAACCCUUUUACACGGGGUAACCGUGCAAAUUCUUUAACGUAACAAAUUUCAGUACUAUUUGCCGUUGAAAAACUGUUCGAGGUUCCCGUGUAACCGAAAUGCGGCGCUGAGCAAGUCUUUUUCCGUUCAUACGUCCGGACCCGUUUAAAUUAAACGUGAUCUUAAAGUUCUUUAAGUGCCACUUUCGUACUGUCACCUAUCUUCCAAUUUUGUUCGCCUUAAAAUUUGUCUUCUAAUUUAUUGUCAAUUGGCAGAAACACAUACCGAGGGGGAAGGCAUUUCCGAUGUUCCUGGUCAAUACUUAUUCCUCGGUUUCUCUACACGUCCUUGUCUGCAAAAACAGUCGUGUAAAAGCCAAAGUUUUAGCGCUGGUACGUUUUUCAGGUUGAGCAAAUGGUGCUUAAACAGAUAAUAGCCAAGUUAUCAUUACGAUUACUAACGAGCUCCAUUUAAUUAAUCGCAACCUUAAUCUGUCUUACUGAUUCGUGGACGAAAAUCCAGCUUUUAUUAUGUCUUUUUUAUCCAGAUCACCUGAUUCACAACCCUCUGAUAAGUGGGAAAUACUGCAUGAGCAAAUAGAAUUCGAGGAAGAGCUGGGGAGAGGAGCGUUCGGUGUUGUUUACAAAGCAACCUUUAGUAAGAGUGAUGAGAUGGAGGCGUUGGUCACCGAGACUUCAAAGUGGCCUGUAUUAUCCAGGAAGCCGAAAGCACCACAGCUGGUGGCUGUCAAAGUUUUACAAGGUAAAAAAAAAAAAUUAAUGUACAUAAAGGAGAGAAAGCCACAAGCGCUUGAAAUUGUAACUUAUGUUCAGUUCUUUUUAUGCAGCAGAAAGGAAUUCUUUCCAUUUUCAUUCCCCGUUUGGAUCUUUCUGAGACCCCAACAGCAAAGCAGUCGGGAAAAAAUCCAAAUUUUUGGAUUUUUCUGGCUGGCGCUGUUGGUCAGUAUUGGUGUUGUCAAUUUUUCUUUUUAUCAUUGUUAUCCUUCGAAAACAACGGUUAAGGCCUGAGAUAGGGUAAAUAGGGUAGGGGUUCAAGGCAGCUCGCCACACCCACCCUGACUGUUCCAGCAAUCCUCUCCGAGCCUGCUAUUAAAGAAGGUGGAGUGGUAACGUCACUGUUAAAGUGAAAUGCAAUUAAAAGGUAGAAUCUACCUAUCCUUUUGUGCAUAGGGGGAUGCGUGUCGGAUAAAAAGGGAUGAAUAUCUGUCAUGCAAAUAAAAAUCUAGCACUGAAUAAACAAUGCUGUCAACGCAAGAAUGAAGAAGACGGAAUCGUUUUAUUCAAUUGUCUUUAGAUGAUCCAUCUGAAACACAGAAAGAAGAGUUCACGUUUGAGAUUGAACAAAUGAAACUGUUAGGCUCACAUAAGAACGUUGUAUCCAUGGUUGGAUGCUGCACGCUUGAAGAGAAAAUGCUGCUGGUCAUAGAAUAUGUUCCGUGUGGUGACCUCUUGACGUGGCUACGCCGCAGAAGAAAAAAGGUAAGAAAAUGAAGAAAUCUCUUGCAGCGUGUUCUCAUGUUCUGAAAAGAUAGACCACCAUUUUUUAUGACUAUCCAGCUACCAGCCCUAUCAUGUAUUGGGACUACUGCUGAUCCACAUCUGCGAAGAUGCCAAUUUCAAACCCGAUAAAAUUCUUGUUAUUGAAAUCAGAAGAAUUUUUUUAUAACUUUUGUUACAAAGAGAAAAUAUUUUCUCUCGACAUUUCUCAGACCUUAAGGGAAAAUAUUUUAACAUUGUUAUAUAUCUGACUGGAUUUGAUACAAGGUGCCUGCACUCACUCUAUAGACAACCAAGUCCAAGGAGCAAGAACUCAUCCUCACCACCCAUGAAACUCACUCCCCCAAAGCUCUGCUAGUAGUGUUACGAUUAUGAGUCACAGCUUCUACUUGGCUGGGUGGGCUAGCCUACAGGAAAAAUUCCUUGACUUUGAACUGCGUUCUGGCUUGAACAUCUUAUAUCAAAGUUACAAAAUCUCCCCGCCCUCCCCCUACUUUUAACUCAAAAAAGCCAGCCAGCCACCCACACCCACCCACACCAACCCACACCCACCCACUAUUAGGUCUGGGCCUAAGCUCUCUGAUAAGCUAUCUGCAAUUUUUUGGUUUCUCCGGCUUGCUGCCCGUGUUCAAGCAAAAACCUUGCGGGCACCUUUAAACAAAUUCACACAGAUAUAUUGGUCUUUUAAUUUAUUUGUUCCGAAACUGAUAAUGUUGCUUGCUGGAUGUCUAGAUCAACGAACUUAAAACCUCCGAGAGAUCAUAUGCUGACAAAGAGAUUCUGAAAGAUCAGGGAGAGACCAGACAUCAGGUAGAUAGGCUUGUUGACAAACUGUACUGAUUCAAUAUUUUAUCCAUUUUUGUUUGACCCUGCUAUUCUUUUCUAUUCUUCAAAGUCCCCAAACCGUUCGUUGUUCAGUGUCCUCUGUGUCUGGUUGACGGCUCAUUGUAUUAGACAUUGAAAUUGUUCACAUGCCUGUAAAAAUCACCACAAAUUAAAGUUAUUAUGUCUAAUGCCCUCUGAUAAAAUUUGUUCGAUGUCUUUUUUAUGGGUUGGUAGAAGAGGGAGGGUGGAACACUCUUAUAGGGUGGAUUGAUCGGUCUUUCCUUCUUCGUAGCAAAAACAAGCAGGCAAACUCUUGAAGAAAACGGCAAAGGAAGAGCAGGCUCAGGUCACCAUGGAAAUGAUCUCAUUGCGCCAGAGUGACGUCCCAAAGGACAUGGCGUCAGCCACUCACAGUCUCCCUGAUGUAAGAGUUUUAAUAAACACACUUAAGCCACAAGCGGCCUUGUCUCCAUCCCUGGAGACCUAGGGACAGUCAGGUGGGUCGGGAGAAAAAGUUUUUAAGCACGAACGGAAGAGCCCCUAGGUACCGACUCUCAGCAGACCGUUUCAAAUUGCAAAUUUCAAAUGCUCUGUAUUAUUGUGCCCAAUGGGCGAACAGCGGCUCCUAUUCUCUUUUCGUGUGUUCACACACGACGGCUAUUGCGCCAUACUUGUCCGGUUCUUUCACCAAGGUUUUGCGUGCAAGGGGAAUGUUGGCAAUUCCUACUUUGCCCUUACCAAAAACGGAGGAACUACGGAUCAUUUGGGAAGACGUUUCAGAUGCUAUCAGCAGGACUGUUCCAAUUUUCUCCCAGAACAUUCUGUUUACGACCAAUUACAAGAUAUCGUAAACGAUUUUUACGAUGGCGUGAUCGAUCAGGAUAGAUGCAAGCUUGAAUACGUGUUGUAAGCUCAAGUUUAUAUUUUUGGAUAAGCAUCUUUUAUAUACCCUUACAUAUGUUUCCAUGUUUUAGUUUUCGGGUAGACAGUAGCAGUUUUUUGGAAUUCAUGGACGGGCUUUUUAUCACACUGAAAGUUUCCUGACAGCGUAUAUUUCUUUGGUGCACGAGCCAAACUAGUAUGGCGAGACAAUAGCAGUCGUGUACGAAAACACCAAAAGAACUCAGGAGAUGCUGUUUAUCGAUUGGGCACAAUAAUACAAAGCAUUCUUUUCACACUCUCAGCUUGACCGUUUGGAAAUGGUUUGGUAAGUGUCUGCACCCAGGGACUCUUCCGCCCUUGACUGAAAACUUUUUGUUUGUCGCGCCUUUUCUCCCGACCCGACUGACUGCCUCUGGCUCUCCGAGGAUGCCUUGUCUAGCGAUACGAAAGGUGUAACAUGAUAUAUUUCAUUCUUAAGAGCACUGGGCGAAGCGAAAGGUGACGCUUCAGUGACUGAAGAGAUAUCUCGUAACAAAAGAGUAUUGUUAUUGAAUGAAAUAUCGUGGUUUCUGAAGAAUGGAAAAUAUAAUUUCUAUCUUAUUUCAGUGGAACUUUAAAUGAACAAAUUCACCUCCUUUCUGUCUUCUAUUAGUCGAAUUACACAGUUUUAGUUCAAGUACCCGAAACUAAUGGAAGACAAUUAUUAGUGAAUAAGAUUUUAUAUAAUGAUUUAAAUUGGAUUUUAAACUGCGGGAACUUUAUAAGCAAAUACAAUAAUAAGAAGAAAAAGGUAGUAGACUGCGUAAACUUGUGUCAUAUUGUAAUUUUUAUUUAGAGACAGUAGCUUCUACUUCAAAACAAUGUAAUGUUACAAUUUUACAUACGAAUUAAUCGCCUUUUUUUAAUCGCCUUUUUUAAAAAUCAUUUAGCAAAGGUUCGCCUUCAAUAAUGAGGGUAUGGACGAUGAACAUUCUGCACACAAGGAGCAAGUGAACAUUGCACAGCAAAGCGACAAGGAUGCCGUUCUUGAAGUGAUUCCUUCAACUUCCGCUAAAAAUCAAGUAAGACGUUUUUGGUAAUAUUUACUACUACAAGUAAUGCGGGUACUUGGUGUACUUGGUAUACUUUUUGUUUUAGCCACAGGCUAAGGGAGACAAGCCCUACAGAAAACGAGCCCACCGUUGGAAGGUCUGGCGCUCCUCCAGCAUCGCUUGCUGGAAUUUGUCUCAGUGAGCCUAGCCAUUGAAACACUGAUUUGAUGAACACUGCAAACAUCCCUACAUACCGGCUCGGCCGUCGCCAGGGUAAACAAGGGCCGCGUCCCCCAGUGUGCAACCAUGUUGAUAAGUCAGUUGAUUAGUCAGCUAAUGGAAGACUCCUAAGAUGCAAGAUAAACACUCUGGUGUCAACUUUUAACAUCCGUUCACUCAACUCCAGUGAGAAGAUUGGAGAGCUUACCGCGCUGGCAGAGGAGAAAGAAAAAUCUGUUGUUUGUCUGCAGGAACAUCGAAAAUUUCACGAUAGUGAGGACGUACACUAUACUGAUGUCGGCAAAGGCUGGAUCUUGGCCACUUCCUCGUGUAGGAGGAAGUCCGUGAACAGUUGUGGGGGAGGAAUGGGUAUGCUACUAAGCCUCUCUGCUUACAAAUCCCUAGAGGGCAAUGCUGUAGUAGAGAAUAGCUGGAUCAUUAUGGCAAACUUUAAUGGCAACCCUGCUACUACGUACUAUUAUAUGCUGCUACAGUCCAACGAAAUGCUCUGAUAACAGCGAUGCUCUAGCUUUCUACAACACUCUCUCUAAAGUAAUAAAGAAGCUACCUGGAUAACCUUAAGAUCAUAUGUAGUGCAGUAUGAAUGCACAAAUCAGUCCCUUAGACUGUAAUGGGUUUAGCUUUGGAAAAAAGACGUUUAUGCUGGAUAUGGCUACUGCAUGUGCGCUUAUAAUUUGAAACACACGCCUCCAAAAGAGCAAUGAAAAGUUGUGGUCGUUCAUGUACCCAAAUGGCUGCAAAGCCAAACUUGAUUAUAUACUGGUAAACAGGAAAUAGAGGAACUGUGUCAAAGACUGUCAGGCAUAUGACUCUUUCAGUACAGUAUAUUCAGACCAUAAAAUUGUCUUAACUAAACUACGCUUCAGUUUGCGAGCCAAUGGGAAAACAACUGCCAAACGUACCAGUUUCGACUGGCAUUGUUUUAGCACCAGCCAUUCCGUAAGAGAGGCUUAUACUGUGGAAGUUAAGAAUCACUUUGAGGCCCUGUACGAGCUUGAGGAAAAACACAAUGUGAACGAUCCCCGAACUACCUAAAACAAGCCAAAGAGGAACUUCAAGCGGCAUAUGACAGCGAACAAGUGGAAUGUCUGGCCCAGAAACCCCCUGAGAUCGAAAACGCUUCAGUGCAGAAUCAGGCAAAAAGAGCAUGGGAUACUAUUAAUUUAAUGAGAUAACGGGAAGGACCUCGUCAGCUACAGGUCGUCUUAAAGGCGAAACUGCUGAAGUGAGGCUGGAAAAAUGGAGGGACCAUUUUGCCACAGUCUUAGGCCAACCUGUGGCCGAAGACAGGAACCCAGUUAGUAAAUUGUACAGGAUACUCGUCCUAUCAGCAACCAGUGCCUUCACUUUGGAAUACUCAAUACCAUCGACAACACAUUAGCCAACAAUAAGGCACCUGGCAUAGAUGAAAUCACAGCUGAAGUAUAGAAAAGUGGCUCACUCAAUGACCAGUUGCUAGACGUGUGUAAUAUGAUGCUUGAAGGUAGCGGAAAAUCUGAGCUAUGGUCUAAGAGCAUUAUAAACCCCGCACCGAAAAAGUGCGAUCCCACUGAACCUCAGAACUAUUGUGGUGUUGCGCUAAUUCCAACAGCAGCUAAGAUCUAUAAUAGAGUGCUUCUUAACAUGGAUCCGCCCCCAUUUAGACCCCCUGCAGCGCACAAAUAAGAACGGGUUCCGACCAGGAAGAUCAACACUUGCUCAGAUACUUACUCUUCGAAGAUUGUUUGAAGGCAUAAAGGUCAAGAAUCUAACAGCGGUUCUUAUCGUUGUGGACUUCAAAAAGGCGUUUGACUUGGUGAACAGAGACAAAAUGUUUGACGUUCUGGGCUUACGGCAUCCCAAAUCAAAUAGUCUCGGCUAGAGCGUCGAUGUAUCAUAGUACUGAAGCCAAAGUUUGCUCACCUGAUGGAUAAACAGAUUUCUUUGCUUUCCAUGCUGGAGUACUACAGGGUGACACGUUAGCUCCGUUCCUGUUCAUCAUAGCAUUAGACUACGCAAUGAGAUCCGCAAUUAAAGGCUAGGAAGACCUUGGAUUUACACUGAGGGAGAGAAGUCGUCGCUGUCCCACAGUUGUGGUCACUGACACAGUCUUUGCUUACGAUAUCGCAUUGGUUUCAUAUGACUUGGAUAAAGCCCAAUCACUGCUAGAGGGAGUUGAAACUGCUGCUAUCGGCAAGACUGAAUACAUGGCCUACAACCUCCGACACAGGGCGACCUUACUACCCUAGACAAUUCAAGGCCAAGGUAAGUGGACGAUUUCAAGUGCAUAGGUUCUUGGAUAGGUCAAACGAAGAAAGACUUCGAGAUACAUAAAAGAAAAGCUUGGGCCGCUAAGAACAAACUAAUAGUGGUGUGGAAAUCGAACCGCAACAGAGAUCUGAAGAUACGUUUCUUUAGAGCUUCAGUUGAAUCUGUUCUAUUGUACGGGUCAGAGAGUUGGACAUUGACUGCCGCACUGGAAGAACAAAUUGAUGGCUGUUACACAAGGUGGCUACGCGCUGCUCUGAACAUAAGCUGGAGAGAUCAUAUAUCUACUGAGGAGCUCUACUGGGAUCUGCCUCUAAUUUCAGCAAGUCCCCAGAUAUGUCGACUUCACGGUUUAGUGCAGUGCCGGAUCCAGUCCCUUAUAUAAGGGAGGGGGGGGGGCACCGAAAUAAAUUGGCAACUGUUUUAAUUUUUACUUUCGACUAAAGGAGAACGCAACAUAAUAGUAGCUGUAGGUCCUGUGUUACGAAAACUGUCGUGCUAUUUUCGUCGUUGUUGUACUAUUUCUGCGCGUGCGCCUUUUUGAAUUACGUCACAACCUCUCGUUUCAAUGCUAUUUUGGUCACCUGUACCACCACCUGUACAAGAACAACGAUGACAGAGCAUCCUGUGACAACGACAGAGGCAUCUCGCUGUUGAGUAUUCCAGGAAAGAUCAUGGCAAGCAUCAUAAUGAGUUGUAUCACACACCCCCUCCUGGAUGAUUUCGUCUCCGAGAGUCAGUGUGCCUUCAGGACAAACAGAGGGACAAUCGACAUAAUAUUCGCCGUAUGAAAGAUCAAGGAAAGAGCCGCGAGCAGAAUCAGAGCCUGUACAUCCUCUUUGUGCACCUGACAAAGGCCUUUUAUACGGUCUGUCGGUUGGUUAGACAUGUGGUUUGAAUGGACGACCCUCACCUCCCGAAGAUGGUCUUCUUCUUUGAGGUCGCCAGCGAUGCACAUGGCAUUGGACACCCACUGAAGAGGUUGAAAGACGGCCUGAAACAAAAAACUGAAUCGAAUCCUACUCUUAGAUGGGAAACCUUCGCCACAAACCACAACGCCUGGAGAAUGGCGGUCCAUAAGGGCUUUAUAGGCUUUGAAAAAAGCGGCUGCAUGAUCUCGAUCAGACCUCGCGGCUGGCCGAGUUCUAGUAGAGCGAAAGCUGCGUCUUAGCGAUUGACUCGAUCUAUUCGGUUUCUUCGAGUUGUUUAAACUAGACCAUUAACGAUUUUUUUUUGUAAAAUUUCCCUAAGGACGGAGAGUGGAAAGUAAAGGACAAAGAACUACUAAGCAGCAAAGCCGCAACAGGAAAAAGUCAAGCGAAGCCUUCACCCUCUAUGCCACCUGUAAUCGAAAGCAUACACGAGGAUGUCAGUAGUGAUGAAGAAGACGAGGAGGAGAACUUUCGAACCAAACAACUCUUUUUAUUUGCGUGGCAAAUUGCUAAAGGAAUGGUAAAUACUAUAUGAUUAUUUUCUGAGCAACGUUGCUUCGAUUCAGAUUUUGUUUACAUCCUUCAAAAAUCGUUGUCAAUAGACUGUUCACGGUCCUCUUUUUUUCCGUAAGAUCGUCGAGAUCGAGCGCUUUGAGUUACGGGCUGCCAUCUUCAAUGAGUGUCGAAACUACUUAGGGGGCGGGGGGCGGUUUGGGAGGAAGCGAGAAAAAAAGGAAAGGACUGUAAUAACAUCACUGCAGCUCGCGUUCAGGGGGCGUGACAGCCAUUCAUUAUUUAAGAAACUCCACUGGUGAUGAAAAACAUGCCAGACACAUUUAGCAUCGAUUACGCGUGUUUACAAAUAUCUCCUUUCGAAACAGUGGUUUUAUAAUGUUUCUGGGCCAUUCCUCCAAAUAAAAUUGGCACACAUACACAAGAGAAACAUUUUCCUAAUCGAAGCGGUAAGCAUGCUCGUUUCACCACAGAUUAAAACGGUUAAACCUCCCGAUAAAAAGCCAGGCAUUUCUGACAAGUCGUCUUUUUUGCGUCGACGUAGCGUUAAUGAUUCGUUUGGCAGAAACUAAGUUACAACAUUCCCCUGGCCGGGCUGCUUCAAAAGCAUGUUGGCUUACGUGAUUCAUCCGCAAAAUACCAAAAAUCCUUCGUGCGUUUGCUCAAGAUGUGCCUUAUGGUAUGAAAGCGUGCGUUUUAUGGAAACUUCGACUUGCCAACGACUUGUAAGUGUCGGCAAGUUAAACUAAACCCGUUGUUAACGCAAAUGAACAAAUUAACAUCUAUUGUCUAAUGACCAAUCAAACGCCUGAGUUCCUGGUACAACGCGCUCCGUGAACGCGAGCUGCAGUGAUGUUAUUACAGUCCCUCUAUUCCCCCCCACUAGGGCCUUAAUCCCCGAGGCCCGCCCCCUCGGUACAUGUGAAAAUCAAGAUGGUCGUCAUUGACGGUAAAACGCGCUAUAUCUACACGAUCUCACGAAAACAUAGGGGACUGUGAACAGUCUACGUUGUCAAAGACUAUUCCACAAGCAAGAAAUAAAGGAUAAAUAAGUUAAUUUUCUACAUGAUUAAUGGUUUUUAGUAGUAGAGAAAUUGUCAUUGUCGAUCGAGCCAAAUUCGGCAUGUUUUGUAUGAACUUGAAUCAGCCGCUUAGAUCAGUUCAGUUCCGAUAUUUUACUUUUGAUUUUUGGCCCCUAAUUUUCACGGCUUCACCUAUGCCUUUUUAGGCAAUAGUAGCCGCGUAACCGAAGUUUAAUGGUACUUAUUUUCAUUUUUUCUCUCUCCUUCUUAAAAUUAGAAUCAUCUCGCCGAAAACAAUCUUGUUCACAGAGACCUUGCCGCCCGUAAUGUUCUUGUUGGCCAUGACAACCAAAUCAAAGUGUCAGACUUUGGGUUGAUGAGACAAAUCUAUGAAGAUGUGAGCAGUUCAAGGAAGUCCAAAAAACUUCCUGUGAAAUGGAUGGCACCAGAAUCACUUUAUCAAGGCCUUUACACCACCACAAGUGAUGUGUGAGUAUAAAAGAAUCCCACUCUUUUAAACACAUUUCGAUAAAUUACUGCUCAGAAAACCUCAGCUUCCCUAAAGGUCGGGAUCGAGAUCAGCGAGUUUAUUUCAAACCGAUCUAGAAUUUCAGUGGUUAUAGUGCACGUGGGUAAUUUCGUACUUGUCACCAUAAUUUCGACUCAGGACUAUGAUAGUUGAUAGUCUGUAAAGUUUUUAGCGAGAGCGGCGUCUGCUGAAUUCUUAAUUCAGAGUGUAUGUAAGGAUAAUUUAGAAGCUUUCUCUUUGCCGGGAGAAGUUUACGAUUAUGCGACAGACCCGGCACCUAAAUUGGUAUUGUUUUCCCUACUCUAUUAACCUUGCUAGGCCAUUGGCUAAGGGCUUUGAGCAGCUGAGGCCUGGUGUCAUAGGGUUCAGUCAAGCGCGAAGGCACGGAAAGGUGGAGACACGCCAUUUUUCCUUAAGUUCAUCAAGUAAAAAGAAGAGAAGAAAAAUAGUGUUAAUGCAGUAGGAAUAUUCACGACCUCUGUGGUUUUCUCUAUAGUUGGUCUUUUGGUGUUGUUCUGUGGGAGAUGGCUACAUUGGGUGAGUAGACCGUCACACACUAAUCAUGUACACUUCCAAGGGGAGGGGAAUCCCAAGAACUCUCCUCCCUGUUGCCACGGGGUAUAUGACUUGAAUUGUGCGACUGAUAUCAAAGGAAGACACUGGGACUAAAAGAGUGAGUCCUUAUUAAAUAAGGUUAUUGUUACCAGGAAACAGGCUGAUACCUGAUGACUUUUAUUUGUGGCAAGUUAGACUCUUUGUUUUGAACUAGGCUCUAUGUCUGAGAUCAUAAGUGACAAUCGACAUCAAAUAUUCACGCAUUAGUUGUUUCCUGGUGGAAGGAAGAGCUUUAUGACUAAGCACCCUGUUUUCUUUGAAUACACAUUUCAAUGCAAUUCUGACCCCUCCUCGAUCACUAUUCUAUUGUAUAACGGCAUUAUUGAGUGCAAGGAGUAUGAAGAGCCGUGGACGUUGACAUUUCCAAUAGAAAGCUAUCCAAGGUACAAUGAUCCGUAUUUUCGAGUAAUAACAUGUAUAUUUUUUCUUUCGCACAACGUGAUCAGGAGGCGUACCAUACCCCACGCUGACCAACUCAGAGUUGUAUCGACUGCUUGGCACUGGUUAUCGCAUGGAAAGGCCUGACAUGUGCUCCGAUGAUGUGUACGUUUCUUGAUCAGAAUCGUCUGAGAAUUAACAAUUAGAUUCGAUUUUUCCGUGCGUCUUUUUAGUUAUAAAUAGCGGUGAACGUUGCAGAAGACAAGUCGGUUGGCGAUUUUGACGUUUUCUUAGAUCAAAUUGAUUACUGAACAGGCGGACGGCAAAAUCUUAGCUUAAAUGUCUUUAAAUAUUUGUUUCGUAUCGUAAUAUGAUGGUAUUAUCAGAGAUCGACUGCAAGGAUUUUUUAUCCAUGUUCGAUAUUUCCUUAUGGUUGUUGCUAAAACUACUGUAGCUAUUCUUUCUCUUACCUGAUAUCAGCUUCAUUAAGUAAAAGCUGGCGAAGUUGGCUAAUUCUUUCAACUUGAAAACUUUGAACAACAUUUCCAGCAGACUAUUCACCAAAACCAUCCGCCUUGUCAGACAAAACAGAGAAUCAAUGUUGACAAGCUAUGGACGCUUUAUGUUUUAUUCUUCAUAUUCAAUUUAGUGGCGGCAUUAUGAUGGGUGAGGAGCAGGGCAAGAAAUAGCCUGCGAGCAAGCUCUCCAUUUGGGCGAGGGAAAAGAAUCGCGCGAGAACGCGCGAGCGGGGGGCCCCUCGCUGUCGUGUUUCCUCUCGAGUGCCGCCCGUGCGUGUACUUAACGAUCGAGAUCCCCCAAAUGGAGGGCUUGCUCGCAGGCGUGGCAAGAAACAGACAAGCCUAAUGAUCCGGCGUGAGUGGCUCCCAGCUGGUCUAAAGGAAAACUCUUCCACUAAAUCGGAGAAACGAUGUCUAAUAUAUAUGUAAUAAUGGAUUGGAACUUUGACUAACUUCAAUUGGUUUCUUUUUUUUUGUUUUGUUUGUUUGUUUGUUUGUUUGUUUGUUUUUUAUCCAUAACAGAUAUGAGCUAAUGACAGGCUGCUGGAAGGAGGAACCUCGCUCUCGUCCCAGUUUCUAUCAACUAAUCGAAAAACUGGAGGUAAUAAUGCAGAGGGAUGCACCAUACUUGGAUUUAAACAAACAUAAUGAAGAUCAUCCGUAUUACAACGUGCCCCCUGAAGCUAGUGGUGAUUAA